UUAUAGGAAACGAAUCCUAGCACAUACAUACACACACACAUAUAUAUAUAUAUUACUUUGUUUGUGUGUGUGUGUGUGUAUAUAUACAUAUUCGUUAAUGAAAAAAGAAAUCAACGAAAACCGAGUAGCUAUGGUGAAGGUGCGCAUGAACACGGCCGAUGUGGCCGCAGAGGUCAAGUGCUUGAAGCGGCUAAUCGGCAUGCGUUGCUCCAAUGUUUAUGAUCUCUCGCAUAAGACGUAUAUGUUCAAGCUAGUGAAUAGUAGCGGAGUGACGGAAUCGGGAGAGAGCGAGAAGGUUUUAUUGUUAAUGGAAAGCGGUGUCCGUUUGCACACCACUGCUUAUGUUCGAGACAAGAGUAACAGUCCAUCUGGGUUUACUCUGAAAUUAAGAAAGCAUAUUAGAACAAGAAGGCUGGAAGAUGUGCGACAGCUUGGUUAUGAUAGGAUUGUUCUCUUCCAGUUCGGUCUGGGCACUAAUGCGCACUAUAUUAUCUUGGAACUGUAUGCCCAAGGAAACAUUCUCCUUACAGAUUCUGAGUUUACAGUCAUGACUCUUCUCCGGUCACACAGGGAUGAUGAUAAAGGAGUUGCAAUCAUGUCGCGUCAUCGGUACCCAACUGAGAUAUGUCGAGUGUUUGAGCGAACUUCCGCUUUGAAGUUGCAUGCUGUGCUCACUUCUCAGGAGCCUGAUGAUGGUGAACCUCUUAAGGCUCACAAAGGUACAACUGAGGAAUCCAACACAUCAAAAGAGAAGCACGAUAACCGCAAGGGCGGGAAGUCUGCUGAGUCAAAGAAAAGCGUUGGUGAUAUUACUCGUACCAAACAAGCCACUUUGAAGAAUGUUCUUGGGGAAGCAUUGGGUUAUGGGCCUGCACUUUCUGAACAUAUUAUUUUAGAUGCUGGUCUUGUUCCAAAUACAAAGGUUUCCAAAGAUGGAAAGUUAGAUGAUGAUAAAAUCCAGAUGUUGGUCCAAGCCAUUGAGAAAUUUGAGGACUGGCUUGAGGACAUUAUUUCUGGUGAAAGAAUUCCUGAAGGAUACAUUUUAAUGCAGAAGAAGAAUUUGGUGAAGGAACAUACCCUAUCUGAACCAGAUGGUUCUAUCCAGAUAUAUGAUGAAUUCUGCCCUAUUUUGUUGAACCAAUUCAAAUCAAGAGAGAAUAUGAGGUUUGCAACAUUUGAUGCAGCUUUGGAUGAGUUCUACAGCAAAAUUGAGAGUCAAAGGGCUGAGCAGCAGCAAAAAGCAAAAGAGAAACAAGUAGACUCUAGAAUCGAUACAUCAAAGUGUAGAGAAGAUAAUUUGGCGUACUACUCUCUCAGUAUAUUAAGUGUUAUAAGCAGAUGGAAAAAUGAGAAUUGGAAGGAAAAUCGUGUCCAAACAUUGAUGAAAGAAGUUGAUCGUUGUGUCAAAAUGGCGGAAUUGAUAGAAUACAACUUAGAAGAUGUGGAUGCUGCUAUAUUAGCUGUCCGUGUAGCUCUUGCAAAAGGAAUGAAUUGGGAGGAUCUUGCUCGGAUGGUGAAGGAAGAGAAGAAAUCUGGAAAUCCAGUGGCCGGGCUCAUUGAUAAACUCUAUCUUGAGAGGAACUGCAUGACAUUGCUCUUGAGCAACAAUCUCGAUGAAAUGGAUGAUGAUGAAAAGACACUGCCAGUGGAAAAGGUUGCACCCAUUGGUACUGUUUAA